UUUUUUUUCUUCUCUUCUUGUUCAUAUAACAUGCAUCGUCUCGCUCGAAUCAGACCGAGAUUAAUCACCAUCCCACAAAGACGCACUGUGUUUGGCGAUCGUCCUUUCCCUCCACCCCAACCAACAAGACCGAUCGAAGAUUACAGCGCCAAAGACGACGGACUUUCGCCGACACUCGACGCUGUGACAGAAGAUCCCAGUCUUCAAAGAAAUAACAAUGACCCCUUUGCAUUUCGACAAAGUCAUCAUUUUGAUACCUAUGAGAUCCUCACUCAUCUCGAAUCCCAAGGAUUCACAAGAAAACAAGCCGAAGUCAUCAUGAAGGGGAUUAAAUUCAGACUUCGUGAAUGUACUGCUUCCGUAAGACAGCAAUUACUAUUGAAAUCAGAUUUAGAAAAUGAAUCGUAUUUAUUUAAAGCAGCCUUGUCGGAAUUAAGAACCGAAGUACAAGUGAUGCGAAGAAACGACAUGCAAAUGCUUCAAACAGAAAUGUCCUUGAUUACCCGUGAAGUGGAUUCCCUGGAGCAAAGGCUGAGUGAAGGUGUGGCUGACAUGAAGAACGAGAUUCAAAUGGACAUGAAUAACCGAAAGAACGAAACUCGUCAGGACCAAAAGAAGAUGGAUAUGCAGAUCCAGGAAAUUAAUAACAAAUUUACCAUCAGUCUAGGCGAUAUUCGGACAGAGAUUGAAGCAGUGCGCUGGGAGACAAUCUGGAAGGGCAUGACUGGUGUUGCAUUGGCUGGACUGACAAUUGCUAGUCUAGGUUACUUAUUAACGAGAUAUUCUGUGAGAAAAGCAACAUUGGCAAGGAUCGAGGAUGAUAAAAAGAGAAAGCAAAUGCAAGAAGAUGCAAGUCGUGCUGGAACUGCGGAUAUGGAAGUGAUAUUUUAAAACAAUUUAUAAUAAAAGUCUAUGCCCAUAUAUAUAUA